GCUAAUUUGAUGUAACCGCAGAAUGUAUUCAACCCUAGAAGAAGGCGCCCAUUUCUCAUUUUUCAAUUUCAAAAUCACAAUGAGAGGUGCCGGACGCCGUCGUACGAACUCUGUAGUGCCUGAUCGGCGACAUCAUCCACCGCCAACUCCGAUCAAUUUCUCCACCGGCAACCGUGAUUCCGACGCUAGUUUCGCUAGUAGCCGCCCUUCAUCUAUCGGUAUUAACUCCCGUUCCUCUGCUAUCCCUAUAUCUGACCGUUCAUAUCAACUCUCUGCUAUGCGUACAAUUAACGCUUAUCUUUCCUCUCACUCUCUCCCUAAUCUCAAAGCUCCUCUCCCUUCUGCUAAAGAUAUCACCGAAACCCUAAAAUUCAUCCUCUCUCGUUUCGGGUUUUCCUCGCUAGAGUCGCAUAAACUUGAAGAUAAUUUACAAUCCUUACUGAAAUCCCUAAAUUGCCCUGUGAAAUUGAAUAAAUCUGCGUUACGUGCCCCUGGGACGCCUCACUCUUGGCCUAGUUUACUUGCUGCUAUUCACUGGCUUGUUCAGUUGUGUAAAUUUGAUGAUUACAAGUUGAGUUCGGGUCAACCGUUUGCUCUUGAGAAUAAGGAGUUGAAUUAUACUAUUGAGAGUUAUUUGCAUUACUUUAGGGGGAAAGAUGAACAAGUUGAUGAAUUGGAUCGUCAAUUUAUAGAAGAGGUGGAACAAGAAAGGGAAAGGUUGGUUGAGAAAGUGAAUGUUUUGGAAGGGAAUGUGAAGGCUCAAGAGGAGAAGUUGGACGCGAUGAGGACGGGGCCCACGGAAAGAGAGGUGUUGGAGAAGGAGAAGAACGCGUUGGAGGAAGACGUUAAGAAGUUUCAUGCGAUAAUUGAACAGUUAGAAGGGCAUAUAGUGACAAUGGAGAAGAUGGUGGAUGAGAAAGUGAAAGGGUUAGAGACUAAGGUUGUAGAGAAGGAGAGUAUUUGUGCGGAGAACGAGGAGUUGAAGAAGAGGGUGGAGGAGCAAGGGAUUAAUUCUAGGGACGCAGACAGGAUGAAGAGGGAGUUGCACGCUGUGGAAAGGGAUAUUGAGGGUAUUGAGAACCAGAGGAUUGAAUGGGAGGAGAAGGCUUGGGACCUUGACUCAUCGAUUGGGAACAUGUAUAAGAAGCUUGAGGAGCUAAUGAUCGAGUGCAACCAAUCUUUAAGGAGGUUAAAGCUAGGAAAUGAAUUUCAGUAUCAAUUGAAUCCCCAAGGGUCCUCUCCAGCGGAGGUAUUAGGUAUAGAUUACAAAAAACCAUUAAAGCCCACUCUUGCAUCCUUUGAAGAUGAGAUGAAAAAGAGUUCCAUGGGGAAAAUGGAAGAGUUGAUAUCUCUCCAGCAACAGUCAGUUGAGAAGGCUACGAAAGUAGAGUCAAAGAGGAAUCGUCUAGCUGCUCUCCAGGCUCACAUUGAUAAUUUGGAAGCUCAGUUGGACUUGGUAAAGAAGGAAAGACAGGACUUCACAUCUAAUUGUGCAGCAGAAGCUAGAAGGCUAGUUGAGGAAGUUGAAACAGAGACUCGGAAGUUGGAUCAGGUUGAAAGAGAGGCGGCAGACUUUCUGAAGGCGUCAAAGGCCAAAUUACAGGAAACAAUUGCACAAACUGAGGAAGACGUGCAGCUAUGUGCCCGUGAACUCUUUGCCGUCGUUGAUUCAGUUUCAAAAUAUAAAGAGUAUAUCACGUCAAAAGUUACCAUGAUGAAGAAUGAUCUUGCAGAAACUGCCGGGGCUAUAGCAGAUAUGCAUAAAGUCGGUUUGCCUGGCUCUGAUGCAGUCCACUGACAUUAAGCCUCCUAAUCAUAAUAACGUUUGUUUAAGUUAUCUUAUGUUUCUUUGUUAAAUAUGGUUAGGUAGUUUAAAUAGUUCUAUGCGUUACAAGAUCUAGAAUUAUGUAUUCUUUUGUAUCAUCUUAGAAGGGUGAAGCAAUUUAUUAGACUGUUGCUGAUAAAA